GGAUAAUAAACGUAGAAAUAUCAAUAAUCUACCUUGUCUAUACUGUGUUGGUAGGCCCCUGGGGCCCGUUUCAUAAAGGACUUGCAACUGUUGAAACUUUGCCAUAAUGGCAACUACCAUGGAUACAGGGCUUAGCAGCCAAUCAUUAUCAAGGUUUCCAUGGUAGUUGCCAUAAUGACAAAGUUACAACAGUUGCAAGUCCUUUAUGAAACAGUCCCCUGAAGGUCAUAUGCGAGACAUGAAUAGAUAUAUAAUAGAAAAUCGUCACAUGCAAAUAUCUGCAUUACAUACGCGAACAAAGAAGGAUGGCUGUGACCUUUUUCAAACGUAUAAAAUGCAUUAUGUAUGUGAAUCUCGGCGCACUCUGAAAGCAUCAGAGAAAGCUUGAGGUAGUGGAUCGAGAAUGUCAUUCAACGCGAUGAUGAAACUUCUUUGGCUGGUGAUGGUGGUCAUGAUAAUGACCACGAGCAGCAAUGGGGGCAAAGUCAGACCUAAACCCAUUAACGAUCGGUCGGACGAGAACGAUUCGGACGACAGCAGAUCUGACGAGAGUGACGAAACCCAGCCCGAUCAAAAUCUUCCACCCGGUCCUUCUUUUCCUUCUCCUAGUUGGUUCCUUUUCCUGAAAUUAUUUUUGAAAGAUCUUCCGCCAACUACACCGGCAUAUGAGCAGCUCUUUCAGGUUGCUCAAAAGAACAUGGAACUUGGACUUGAUGGUGGGAUUCUUCAACUCGACGUCGACUAUAUCGGAACAAAGAUGGCAUUCAUCAACAACAUUGAUUACUUGAGAGAGGCAUUUGAACAAGAUAUAUUCUUAGAUAUGGACAUCAAGGCCAGCUAUGCCAAUUUACCGCUGCCGUUGGCUGGUACUAUUCGAAACAAUGGAUCGGCUCAUAAAGAAAUCAAAGACUUUGUCAUGCUCACCAUCAAGAACCCUGACUUCAUGAAGGAAAUUGUAGCUCCACGGAUCGACGAGGCGAUUCUAGUCUUGAUAGAUAAGUUGAAGGAAAGCACUGGCGAUGUUACGGUCAUCGAAUCGCUGCUAGGUUACAGCCAAGACAUCUUUCAACGCAUGGCCUUUGAUGAACCUGGCAGUUAUGAUUUCUCACCAGGGUCUUUUGGAUCCAACCUCAAUGCUAUAACGUACCAAUUGUUUGGACCAAUCUUAUUUACUCCCAGACCAGGCGAUACAUCCGAGCUGAGAGGCGUGGCAUCAUACAUUCAAGAUCGUACAUCAGCGGCUGCAAGCAACACAGAUUCUCUUGCAGGACGGCUAAAAGAUUACCUAGCUAACCUUGACUCCCCUAUUGCACAGCCAGAGGACGCUUGGCGGUUUAUGUUAGACAUAUUUUUGGCAGGCAGGACCAUCGUUGCUGAAGGACUCGCUUAUAUUAUUUACCGCCUUGCUGAAGAUCAGGACCUUCAGAACAGGAUUCGUCAGGAAAUCAAUGAACUUGAUUCUGACGUCACUUACGAAGAUCGCUUGAAGAUUCCACGCACGAUGUCUUUCCUCUACGAGAUUCUCCGCGCCCACACAUUGAUUCCAUUUGGACUGACACAUGUGGCGACCGCUGAUGGGAAAAUAGGUGGCUUCGAUAUAAAGAAGAACACCAGGAUCAUUCCAAACCUGUAUGCCAUACAUAACAACCCGGACGAUUGGAAAAACCCUGACGUCUUCAAUGCCACGAGGUUUCUGCGAUGGAAUGGCGAAGAACUGACGUUUGACCCGAUAUCUGUCAAUGCCAGUAGAGUGACAGCAUUUUCUGCGGGGAGAAGAUCCUGUCCAGGAGAGCUGAUCCCCCGGAUGACUUUCCUCAAAACUACCCUAAGCCUGCUCCGACAUUUCCGAAUUACUCUGUCGUCGGAAAUAAAAUUCGAUAUCGAAGAAAAUUUCAGUGCGUUCUUCUUGAAGUCACGGGAAUAUCAAGCUGUCUUUGAGCCCCUUUUGUGAUGGACCCAUAUCCUAACAAGAUGAGAAGGAAGUCGGCCCUUAAUGUAAUGGAAAGUUCUAUGUAGUCAUACCUAUGUUACACAGAUUAUAGUCUAGUUGCGUUGUCAAGAUUUAACCAUGAUUUUUCUGAAUGGCUUUUGACAAAUUAUAUUCACUUAUAUGCCUGGGAGUUGUUUUUUAAUGAAGGCUUUCAGCAUUUCGUAAAGAUUUUUUCCAGGAAAAUUUUGGCCAUUAAAGGAAGUUUCUGAGGAGAAUGACAAGCAAGUAAAAAUAAUAAAGAAUGAUGAACUAGAAAACUGUAGCACACAUGUUUUUGUUGCCAUAUAUAUGUGGAAUUGUUAAGACAGUGUGUACAAUGAAUUUCACUGAUAUUGCGAUUUUCCUAUAUAGAAAAUUAUAAGACGUGCAAACGAUAUGAUCACAUUUUUAACCAAAUUAAAAGUUAAAAGAUAUACAUGCUUGCUAUUUUGUUAUCAGUUUCUAAUGCGUAAUUAUAAAUCCAUCUUAGGUCUUUAAAAUUAAAAUCGAUACAUUGAAAUAGUAUCUUACAGUGUGGCCUUGUUGAACAAAAAGAUGUUCUAUAUUCCCAUUUAUAUAUGCAUUUUAUCUUCAGAAAUUUUGUAAAUGAACUCCUGGGCCCCAUUUCAUAAAAGUUACAGUCACGUCCAUAAAAUCAUCAAUUUUAAUUGGCUAUUCGAGGAUGUUACCAUGGUAGUGAACUGGUAGUGCAUAGGGGCCCUGAAGUGAAAAAUACCUAACCCAAAUUAAAGGCGGGUUUGGGGGAGUUUGCCUCUCCCCUUUUCUUAUUGGCAGUGAAAAUAAAAACGAGAGAAAGAAUUUAAAAAACAGAAGAAAGUGAAGAAAAAGAAGAAGAAGAAGGAAGGGGGGGGAUAGGAUUUUAAAAAAGACUAUAAAGAAGGGGGCAAAUGAUACUGCCAUUUAUAACACUUCAAUUGAGUAUUGUAAUGAAUAAUGUUCCGGUUGAAAUUUACUAUUGUUAUGAGUGUAAUUGUGUUUUUUGUAAAUGAAAUAAAAGAAAAUUUUCAUGUUCACGAAAGAAUUGAUUCAUAUACCCUUACAUUUAAUAUACUGAGGAAUUACCUCAAUCAUUAAGAUCUAUUCAUCAACAUUUUAUCAAUAUAGCAAUGGCGGUGGAUCCAGGAGGCCGAGGCGGCCGUCCCAAAUAAGUUGCCGUUUCUGUAAACUUUGUGAAUUUUAGGAUAGGGAAAAUAUAAUCUGUAAGAAAAAUGACAAACAUAUGAUAUUUGCAUUGAAAAUUAAGAACGUGACUCUUCUUUUACAAACUGUCACACGCGACAUUUGAGGAUAAUACAGGUACUGUAAUCUCGGCUGGUUUAAGGACAACAAUUUCUUGUAGUAUGCUGAACUGGGUUGGUAGACCUAUAGGCAAGAUACAUGCGAGACAUCCAUGACUAUGACCUCUAAAAAAAUAUUAAAUCACGAUAAAACGUGACUUUUUUUUUACUAAUGGAAAGUUCUAUGUAGUUAUACCUAUGUUACACAUUUUAUAGUCUAGUUACGUUGUCAAGAUCUAACCAUGAUUUUUCUAAAUGAAUUUCGAUUAUAUGCCUGGGAUUUGUUUCUUUUUAAAUGAAGGCUUUCAGCAUUCCUUAAAGAUUCUCUUUUAUGGAGAUUUUGGCCAUUAUAGGAGUUUCUGAGGAGAAUGACAUAAUAAAAAAUGAUAAACUAGAAAACUACAACACGCAGGUUUUGUUAAUAAAGUCUAUGAAAUUGUUCGAACAGUUGUGUUCAAUGUAGUUCAUAUUACGAUAUACAUGUAUAGACAAUUCCAAGACGUAAAAACGGUAUAAUCAAAUUUCUAAUUAAGAAUUAAAAAAAAGGCUUGCUAUUUUGUUAUCAGUUUUCAAUAUGUGAUUGUAAAUCCAUUUCAGCCUUCAAAGUAAAAUAGAUACAUUG